AUGAAUCUCGGCACCUCCUCCCCCAUCGACCCCACAGGACCAGUCCUCACAGUUCGUAACUUCACCCCCAUCAACACCGAAUUGAACGUCGCUGAGAUCAAGAUUGAGAACAACGAGUCAAUCAACAUGCUUCCCAGAGCCGCAGAGGAACCACAGCCAACCUCGGCCCCAGCAACCGCGACACCUCGCAAGCGAGGCCGGAAGAAGGCCGCGGAGGGCGCAGACGACGAUGCAGACGCAGACAGCCCCGAGACCCCAACCAAGAAGGGGAAGACUUCGCCCAAGAAAACCUUGGGUGCUAUUCCGACCUCCUUGGAAUCAGCCGGGUUGGCCGACAGGAUGGUUUUGCGGAUGAGAGACGAGGAAGGCCGUAGCUGGACUGAGAUCACCAAUACCUGGACGAGUAUGACUGGUAUCAAGGUUGAAGGGAGCACGCUGCGGAAGCGCUACACGGCCAUGAAGGCGAAUUUCGUCUCCAUCAGUGCAGAAGAUGAAGCCAAGAUUCUCAAGGUGAAGAAAGAAGUUGAGGAGAAAUUCGAGCAGGAGAAGUGGCAAAAGAUCGCCGAGGGUGUUGCUGCGGAUGGAGGGAACAACUAUCCUGCGAAUGCGAUUCAGAAGAAGUUCAAAGAGCUGAGCAAGAGGGCUCAAGCUGCAGCAGCAGCUCAGACCGAGGACUGA